GGCCGCCUCACCCCGCUGCCCGCUCCGUGCCCCCAGGUCUGAGGUCGGAGCCCGAGCCCUGCGCCAUGCCAAGGGAAAGGAAGGAGAGAGAUGCCAAGGAGCAGGACACCAUGAAAGAGGAAGGUGGCACCGACGUCUCCGUGCGCUCCAGGAAAAGGAAGGCAAACGUGGCCGUUUUUCUGCAGGACCCUGACGAAGAAGUUGCCAAAAUUGACAGGACUUCCAGAGGCCAAUGUGGCAGUCAGGCAAGAAAAAGGAGGCCUGGAGAUCACUCCCUGUCUUGCGACAAUAAUACAGUAUGUGCAAACCCCUCCUUGAUGCCCACACCUGCUAAAGAAGACGGUGAGCCAGAAUAUCCAAUUUCUACAUUCGUGCCUCGGAAAUCAGCCCCGCCACCCAGGGCCUCGCCGCUGCCCGUACUGAACUGGGCCAAUAGAGAGGAGGUUUGGAAAAUCAUGUUAAACAAGGAAGAGACAUACAUACGCGAUGAGCACUUUUUGCAGCGACAUCCUCUUCUACAGCCUAAAAUGCGAGCAAUUCUUCUGGAUUGGUUAAUGGAGGUGUGUGAAGUCUAUAAACUUCACAGGGAGACAUUUUACUUGGCACAAGAUUUCUUUGAUCGGUAUAUGGCAACACAAGAAAAUAUUGUAAAAACACUUUUACAGCUUAUCGGGAUUUCAUCUUUAUUUAUUGCUGCCAAACUUGAGGAAAUCUAUCCUCCCAAGUUGCACCAGUUUGCUUACGUUACGGAUGGGGCUUGCUCAGGAGAUGAAAUUCUCACCAUGGAAUUAGUGAUUAUGCAGGCUCUGAAGUGGCGUUUAAGUCCCCUGACCAUUGUGUCCUGGCUGAAUGUGUACAUGCAGGUUGCAUAUCUGAACGACGUGUAUGAAGUGCUGCUGCCGCAGUAUCCGCAGCACAUCUUUAUACAGGUCGCAGAGCUUUUAGAUCUCUGUGUUCUGGAUGUUGGCUGCUUAGAAUUUCCUUAUGGUGUCCUUGCUGCUUCUGCCUUAUAUCAUUUCACUUCAUCUGAAAUGAUGCAGAAAGUUUCAGGGUAUCAGUGGUGCGAUAUAGAGAAGUGUGUCAAAUGGAUGAUUCCAUUUGCCAUGGUUAUAAGGGAGGCAGGAAAUUCCAAAGUAAAGCACUUCCGGGGAGUGCCUAUUGAAGAUUCCCACAACAUACAGACUCACAUCAACAGCUUGGAUUUGCUGGACAAAGCCCAAGCAAAGAAAGCCAUAUUGUUGGAAGAGAGUAGGCUUUCUCCUGUCCCAUCCGGAGUGCUUACCCCGCCGCAGAGCAGUAAGAAGCAGAGCAGUGAGCCAGACACGGCGUGACCACACCAGCCUUCUCCGCCACAGACAGUUGUGUGGAAGUGCCUGCCCCUCGCUCUCUGUGUGCUGCAGCGGAGGCCUGUGCUAGCUUUUACAGAUAUUUAAGUGGAAGAGUGUCUCUCCUGUGACAAGUUUUUCUGUGGAUGGCUUUGGACAGGGAGAAAUAUUUUUAUUAAAUGCUUAGUUUUUUUAAAUAAGUGGGUCAAGUACACCAGCCACCUCCCGAACACCAACGCGUGCUCCAGAUGCUGCUAAGGAAGGUGAUACUUGGCUUGAUCAACUUCACAGAAAUGAGAAAGGCUUCGAGUGGAGGAGCGCCCGUGCUUCGCUGAUCUCCACGCGGGUGCUCUGAGUUGCGUGGUGUUGGGUGACGCACGCGGUCAAGCCCUCACUGGGGUGCAGAGCCCACGACAGCGGGGCAGGGCUGCACUUCAGACACUGUCAUCGGCAGUGGACCAUGCCUUUCAUGAACUCUUGCAAGUGCUGCUAUAUCUAUCCCUGUUGAAUAAAGAUAAUACUGUCUUUGA